AUGGCGCACGGCCCGCCUGACGUCGGCCACAUGUACGCGCACCUCCACCCCGCCCCCUCCUACUCGUGCAGCGCGGACGUAGUAUACCAGGACCCGUCCGCCGGGGGCUACCUGGCCACGCCCACCUGCGCCGUGUCCUACCACGCCCCGCCCUCAUAUAACUCCGCACACAAGUCCAGCGCGGACGCGGCGCUGCACCCUGUCCCGCCGGAGUACGCCGGCUUGUACCCGCAGUGCCAACGGGACAUCCAGGCGGUCUUCCCGGACCGGAAGUCUGUGCCAUAUACGCUGGCGCCCCCGCUCACGCCGCUCAACACCAUCAGAAAUUUCACACUGGGCGCACCUUCCACGGCCGCCGAAGGCCCGCUCGCCGCCGCUUUCCCGGCGCACCAAAACCUCCCUCUUAGGCCCAUCCUGCGGCCCAGGAAGUACCCGAGCCGGCCCAGUAAGACGCCCGUGCACCAGCGGCCGUACGCGUGCCCGGCGGAGAGCUGCGACCGCCGCUUCUCCCGGUCGGAUGAGCUGAGCCGACAUCUCCGCAUCCACACGGGCCUCAAACCCUUCCAGUGCCGCGUGUGCCUGCGCGCCUUCAGCCGCAGCGAUCACCUGACCACGCACGUGCGCACGCACACCGGCGAGAAGCCGUUUUCCUGCGACACCUGCGGCAGGAGGUUCGCCCGCAGCGACGAGAGGCGGAGACACGUCAAGAUCCACCUGAGACACAAGGACAAGAAAGACCCCGCCCCUUGAUGACAUCAUCACCGAGCCUCACCUAUUCGCCUCAGGGAGUCCAAAAUGCGCACAC